AUGAGCUCCGCCGCGCCGUUCGAGCUGUCCAUCGACACGCUGGACGCGUGGUGCGAGAAGCUGCUGGGCUGCAACCCGCUGACGGAGAACGAGGUGCUGCAGCUGUGCGCCAAGGCCAAGGAGGUGCUCGUGCAGGAGUCCAACGUGCAGCCCGUGCGCUGCCCCGUGACGGUCUGCGGCGACGUGCACGGCCAGUUCCACGACCUCAUGGAGCUCUUCCGCAUCGGCGGCCACGCGCCCGACACCAACUAUCUAUUUAUGGGCGACUACGUGGACCGCGGCUACUACUCGGUCGAGACGGUGACGCUGCUCGUGUGCCUCAAGGACAUCUCGGACCAGUUCAACCACGCCAACGGCCUCACGCUCAUCGCGCGGGCGCACCAGCUCGUCAUGGAAGGCUACAACUGGUCGCACAAGUGCAACGUCGUGACCAUCUUCAGCGCGCCCAACUACUGCUACCGCUGCGGCAACGAGGCCGCCAUCAUGGAGGUGGACGAGCAGAUGCAGUACACAUUCUUGCAGUUCGACCCGGCACCGCGUCGUGGAGAGCCGCACGUGUCGCGCCGGACGCCCGACUAUUUUUUGUAG